GAGCCACAGACAGAGAGAGAGAUAGCUACCCUUCCUUGCUGUAGUUUGAGUGGCCUAUGUUUGUGUGUCAGUUGUGGGGUUGGCGUCUAUGCAGCUUGAUGGCGGGGCGCAGGGGAAUGUGCACACGCUGCUGGCCCUCCUGCAGAAACACACACACACACAGACACACAUGCAGCCGCGUGUUUGUACUGCGAUUGCACGUGUUUGCACUGACCACUUGUGUGUUGAUGGCUUCCAUGAUGUCACUGCGCAGCGAACAGCGGUCACCUGCACCAGCCAGUCAUGCGGACGCAUCGAUGCAUGCAUGAAUGUCUAUCCAGCCCUGUGUGUGUGUGUGUCUGUACGGGUGUCAGCCUUGGCGAACCACACCUCCACACGCACCGAAUCAGACUUCUUCACCUGCACACACCGACGGACCGGACCAUUCACACACGGUCCUCCCGCCCCCAUAGGGUCUACUCCUCACCAUGCGCACGCCCGUGAUGAUGGCGUAUGGCUCCACCGACGCCCCGAUGCAUCCCAGCACGGCAUGCGUCCACACGCGGUAGGCCUCACCCAUCGCCACACUGGCCGGCACGCCAGCGUCGGCCAGGUCCAU